CAGCGUCUGAAGCGCUCCCUCUCCUUUAAGUUCCUGACGUGUUGAUACCUGUUGUGAAUGUUCUCCUGAUGCUCUCCUCUCUCCCUCCCUGCAGCUCCAGCGUCUGAAGCGCUCCCUCUCCUUUAAGUUCCUGACGUGUUGAUACCUGUUGUGAAUGUUCUCCUGAUGCUCUCCUCUCUCCCUCCCUGCAGCUCCAGCGUCUGAAGCGCUCCCUCUCCUUUAAGUUCCUGACGUGUUGAUACCUGUUGUGAAUGUUCUCCUGAUGCUCUCCUCUCUCCCUCCCUGCAGCUCCAGCGUCUGAAGCGCUCCCUCUCCUUUAAGACCCUGAUGCGCAGUAAGAGCGUGGAGAACUUCUUCCAGAGGUCCUACAGUGACGCCCGUCUCCCCCCAGACUUCAUCACCGACCCGCCACCCCCCUCCCCGCCCCCUGGCUCUCCCCUCGCCAGUGAAUGCUCACCCUCCCGCUCUCCGUCACUCAGCCCCAACCCCUCCCUCUGCUCCCACUCCCCGUCUCUAAGCCCCUCCCCCUCGCUCUCUUCCAAGGCCCCGCCCCCAACCCGCCCACUGACGCAGGUGAACCACUGCUUCCAGGAGCACAUUUUCCGCAAGCCCACCCACUGCCAGCUCUGCAAGCACCUGAUCGUGGGUAACUCUAAACAGGGUCUUCGGUGUAAAACCUGUAAGAUGGGUGCUCACCUGUGGUGCACCUCAGAGUUGUCCCAGCAGCCCUGCAAUGGAAAGUCUGGGGUCGGGGCCUUCAAGCGGAACUUCAGCUCUCCCAUGCUGGUUAACGAACAGCUGGCUGUCGUCAAGGAGGUGCAGCCCACCCAAGGGGCAGGCCGGGGGCGUGGGGUGGACCCUAUUUACGCAGCCCUGCGCUAUGGGACGUCCCUGGCACAGAUGAGCCGCUCCAGUUUUGGGAGCGUGUCCGAGUCGCCCACGCACAGCCAGGGUGAAGGAGGAGAGGAGGGGGAGCAGAGGCAGUACAGCAUGGAGGAGGAGAUGCCACAGGAGACAGGGGAUCUGCCUCCGUGUGAAAACGAGAAGGCUGAACCUGAGGGUGGGGACAGCGAGCAGCUCCAGGAGCCUGUAGAGGAAACCAGUGUGAAGGUUCCCAGGCGUAUUGAGGUUCACUCCAUCCACACGUAUGUAGCGCUCUUCAAGUUCCUGCCUCAGGAGCACAACGACCUCGGACUAGAGCCUGGUGAUCGGGUGCUGGUCACUGAUGAUUCUAAUGAAGAGUGGUGGAAGGGAAAGAGUGGAGACAAGGUGGGCUUCUUCCCUGCUAACUUCGUUCAGAGGGUGCGCCCAGGGGAGAGGGUGUGGAGGGUCACCCAGCCUGUCCCUGCCAGCCGAGGGAUGGGACACAUGCCAGUGAAGGAGGAUCAGAUCUGUGUGGGGAAGAGUGAGGACAAUGAGGGUUUCCUGAAGCUGAGCAGUGGGAAGAAGAGAGGACUGGUCCCUGCUGAAUCCAUUGAGGAGAUCUAACCUCUGUCUCAACACCAGCCCCCAGUCUCUCUCUGUCCAGCACCCGGUAACCUCCUUCACACACCCCUUUAAGGCCUGAGGAGGACCAGCCAGUCCGGAGGUCCUCCAACACCACCAUCAUGAGGCCCACCUCCCUACUAAACUGAGUGGGGAGCGUUGACAGUUCAGCUUGUGAAUUCCUGGUGAUGUGGAGGAUGCCCCAGCCUUGUCCUUGCUGACCUUGUCUCCUCCACCCCAAUGUAGCUGACAACCCAGACAUGAAAGGGUUGGUUUCCCUUCCACAGUGGGUUGGCCUAGGUGUUGUGGAGGACUAUCUAAGCCCCCAAUGCCCCAUGUUUUCCUGCUGUAAUGUAACUUUGUGUAUUAGUGAACUGGGUUUAUCUGUAGUCCAGACCACAGGGGUACGAGUUUUAGGACUGAAGGACUGGCUGCUGUGGACUCCAGUAACUUCCCUCAGGAUGGAAGGAACUUUGAGACUAUUUUCUGUCUGGUGAGUCUGGUCUCUCUGUGUGUGAUUUGACCAGUUCUUUUUCACUGUCCUCUGUGGCUGGAUAUCAUGAGGCUGAAGAAUGCAGGAUUAAGGCCGUCGCAUAAUAUCCAGUCGAAAGGUGGCGCUCCGUUUCGCGCAUAUAUAAUGACUAAAACGUGUGCUGUUUCUGUCGGUUUUGGUGUUUGGCAGGGUUUUUUUUGUCUGUUCGCUCAAACAACAUUUUGUAUUGGGGCAAGUUGAAGUUCGGUAGCCGACGUCUACGCCCUUUCGCCUGUAAUUGGUCAACUGUAGUGUUUUCAAAUGAAGGUCUUCAAGGGCGUAUGAGAGCACAGUCGUGCACGCACACCUAGCCGAGUUCUGCUAGGCGCAAACAGAACCUAGUAUUAGUAUACGUUACCGUAGUCAGGUACUUAGUCAGGAGUUCCUGUUCCUGUUCCUGGACACUGCAUGGAAGAAAACAUUUGUUCUUUCUCUGAUGAACUAGAACAAGCGUCACACUCCUGAUGACAUCAUCACAGGUGGACGCCUACUAUGAUCAUAGUAAUUAAUUUACGAGUUGACCGUGAAGGAGAUAAUUGCAUGCUGAAGGAUGUACUUGUUUGAAUGCCCGGUGUCAGUGAGAUGUUCAGGAGACUGGUGAUGGUUGUAGGUGUAGGUGCUUGCAUUUUCUCUCAUCCUUUCGUUUGGUCCACCUUCUCUCUCUCUCUCUUUCUUUCUCUCUUUCACUAUCUCUCUUUCUCUCGUCUCUCUCUCCUUCCAUCUUUCUCAGCUAUACAUUGGUCCCUUGGCUGGGAUUUGACAUCAUCUUGAUUUAGACUGGCACAAAACUUAACUGCUCUGCAAGGACGGAUGGGCGGGCAGGCGGGCGACACUGGGCAGAGUACACCCUGGUCAGACCAGACAGCCAGCAGAGGACAGGACAAACUGGGUUUAUUUCGACACACUCUCUCUCAGAUCCUGACUCACCGGCUGACUCACUAACGUUCGACCUCGCACUUGACAGGUUCCAGAAGGUCAUGGAUGUAAGCCCCGUCAUUCUAUUGUACAGCUGGUGAAUCAAUCAAACGCUUCAGAAAAUCUGUUUUUCUAUGUCCUAUUUAUGAAAAAUACAAGCGAUUCAAUUAGAUUUGGGCGGUGAAUACUUACAUAAAUAAUUCAAUGUUUUUUUGUUCUGAAUAGCCUGGACUGUAUAAAACAUCUAUGAAUAGAGCCAUUGAUAAAAAAAGAAACAA